GCCACUGUGGCAUUGAUGUUUGAGCGCACUUCUGAACUGGCUUUUGUUGAGACUAUCAGUGUAGAAAGCAUGCGCUGUCCCAAAUCCGCUGCUACUAUGAGAAAUGAGGAUCUGCUUUUAAGUAACGGCACAGCCAACAAGAUGAACGGAGCUUUGGAUCACUCAGACCAGCCAGACCCAGAUGCCAUUAAGAUGUUUGUCGGACAGAUCCCGCGGUCGUGGUCAGAAAAGGAGCUGAAAGAACUUUUUGAGCCUUAUGGAGCUGUCUACCAGAUCAACGUCCUCCGGGACCGGAGUCAGAACCCUCCCCAGAGUAAAGGUUGUUGUUUCGUAACAUUUUAUACAAGAAAAGCUGCACUUGAGGCCCAGAAUGCGCUGCACAAUAUUAAAACUUUACCUGGGAUGCAUCAUCCCAUUCAGAUGAAACCUGCAGAUAGUGAAAAGUCAAACGCUGUGGAAGACAGAAAAUUGUUCAUAGGAAUGGUUUCAAAGAAAUGUAAUGAGAAUGAUAUCAGAGUGAUGUUUUCUCCAUUUGGCCAGAUAGAAGAAUGUCGGAUUCUCCGGGGACCCGACGGGCUGAGUCGAGGCUGUGCGUUUGUCACAUUUUCUACAAGGGCAAUGGCACAGAAUGCAAUCAAAGCCAUGCAUCAGUCUCAGACCAUGGAGGGCUGCUCUUCACCUAUCGUGGUGAAGUUUGCUGACACUCAGAAGGACAAAGAACAGAGACGCCUCCAGCAGCAACUUGCACAGCAGAUGCAACAGCUCAACACUGCCACCUGGGGGAACCUGACAGGGCUGGGCGGACUUACCCCACAGUACCUGGCGCUUCUCCAGCAGGCCACCUCCUCCAGCAACCUGGGUGCAUUCAGUGGCAUUCAGCAAAUGGCUGGCAUGAAUGCUUUACAAUUACAGAAUCUGGCGACACUGGCUGCUGCUGCAGCGGCCGCCCAGACCUCAGCCACCAGCACCAAUGCAAACCCUCUCUCUACCACAAGCAGUGCUCUGGGUGCCCUCACAAGUCCCGUGGCUGCUUCAACCCCCAACUCCACUGCUGGUGCAGCCAUGAAUUCCUUGACCUCUCUGGGGACUCUGCAAGGACUGGCUGGAGCCACUGUUGGAUUGAAUAAUAUAAAUGCACUAGCAGGUAUGGCGGCUCUGAAUGGAGGACUUGGCGCCACAGGCUUGACGAAUGGCACAGCUGGCACCAUGGACGCCCUCACGCAGGCCUACUCAGGAAUUCAGCAGUACGCGGCAGCCGCACUGCCCACUCUGUACAGCCAGAGCUUGCUGCAACAGCAGAGCGCUGCGGGCAGCCAGAAGGAAGGUUUUGUUAGCUAUGACAAUCCAGUCUCUGCACAAGCUGCAAUCCAGGCUAUGAAUGGCUUUCAGAUCGGCAUGAAACGCUUGAAGGUGCAGCUGAAGCGCUCCAAAAAUGACAGCAAACCUUACUGAUCUUAACCCCAGAGGCUCCCUGCUCUUAUUUUAGCUUUCUUAGGACAUCUUCAUGCCCGUUAGUUCAUCGUUUGCCUAGCAUGUCCCUGUGGCGUCUCAAAAAAAGUUUCAUCGUCCCGUCAUUGUUUCUGAUGUCUUUCUGACCUCACAUCAUAUUUGGUUCUCCUACUGACCUUUGAUCUAGUUUGACCUUUGAAAUUUGCAUGUGACCUCACCUAGCUAUGAAUUCUGGGAAGUCAAUGUGAAAAACAUUGCUGCAUUUCAUGCAAGACUGAAAUUAUUAGACAAAUUAUAGAAAAAAAAAAAACCUGUGGCAAAAACGUUUCUUUCUUAAUUUUUUUUUCUUUUCAUAAAACAGACUUGAAAGUAUUAUACAGGGAUUGGCAUUCUUCCCGGUCACUGGUAACAAUAGCAAUAUGUGUCCAGGGACACAGAAUGUUGGUUUCUAACAGACUACUUCCAAAAACAGUUUGAGAAAAAAAACUGUCUGAUUUUAAGUCUCUAGAGGUCUGUAAUAGUUUUUACAUUUUUCAGGCAGUGUAAAGUUUUUUGAUAAGGCCAUUUUAGGUGGCUCACUUUCUCAUUAAGAUAUAUAUAUAGAACCACUUUUUGUAGAUUAGUAUAAGAAAAAUAUUUACCCUGUUUUGGGGCAAAUGCUACCUAUUUGUGUCACCUUUUGCUGAACUGACUCACAGUUAGACAAUCCAUGGUUUAAUGCACAUGAAAUUACCUAUAUUUUAUACUGUUUCAAUGUACAGGAGAAAGGUUACUGUAAACUGUGUUAUGUUGGUGCUUCUGUGAAUUAAGUUGUGGUUUCAUCAUGAGUCUUAAGGUCUUAAUGUUCUUUGUCGAUAAGACAAGUUUAGAAUUGGUUUACUUAAAACAAAAAAGAAUUUCAAAAAAAAGUUGUUUGCUUAAAAAUAAUUUCAUGUGAGGAAAAAAAAAAACAAAAACCUAUUCCAGAAUAAGUUUUGUGUUGGCUUGUGAAGCAUUGAUGUCAUUUUUUUUGUGGACUAUUUAGAUGUGUUUGUGUUCAGCAAAAUGUGAUUUUUUUUCUUUCUUUUAAAGAAAAAAAGUGAAAAUAUAUAGUGCCAAAUUCCAAAGGUACUUCCUUCCUAGAGCUUCAGUGUGUUUCUUGUGAGAAGUAAUUUGAUAACAUGGGUAUUUUAUUAUGUGUUUUGUAUAAAUCCCUAAUAUUUAAAAAAAAAAAGGUUAAAAGUUUGUUAACUUGCUAUUCUGUGGUCUUGUUGCCUGAAAUUGUUAUUGUUUGUUAUUUCUCUAUGAUGUUUUUUGUAAGACAUUGUAUAAGUGCCCAUGUCUCACUUUUUAACCACUCUGCACAUCAAUGCUGUGAAAGCAACCUCACAAUGUAUUUUCUUCAUAAUAUAUGGAAACCUCUAAGGUGAGAAAGUUGUGAACUUUAACCCUUUCUACCCAGAGCUAUCUGGAAUGUUGGUAACUUUUUAUACUGUCAUCACUUCAGUUUAUUUGGGGGUGUUUCUAAUUUGGAUUUUUUUCCCCACACUUACCUUCUAAGUUUAUUUUAUUACUUUUUUGCCCUUCAAUUGAAACCCAGAAAGGAAAGGACAAAACAAAACCACUCCACAAGACAAAUUUGAACCGAGGAACACACUCUUCUAAUUUGUUUCCCUAUGCCAACUUUUUUAUUUCUGCUCUUUACUUUUUACUUCCUAAUGUGCUGCUGGGAGUUGAAUUCCUGUUCUAUUCUUCACUCAAGUUCAAAUUAAGAACAGUUUACUGGACAAACCCUGAGGGGCAGUAGCUAGCCUUCUGAGAUCCUGUCUAGUGGUACAUUUCACCUUGUAGGUAAAUGACUUCUGUAGUAGGGGAUAGUCUUUUGGAGGAAUUUUCCUUGGUUACUAAACACUCCUAGAUAUUCAGUCCUAGCCAUUGUGAUGAGAAUUGUGACCCCAGUGGGUACCUCUGAAUAAGCAGGGUGUCAGGAGUGAGAAGCUCUUGCUCCUUUCCCUGCCUUUGUACUUCUCAGUUUAAUGGGACUGGCCAUAUAUACGCAGAGCUCGAUUCUUCACACAGCCACUGACCAAAUACUUAGCCACUUCUGAAAGUGUCACAUUACUCUGACUUGAACUUGGUGUGAACAGUUGACAAACCUUAGGGCGUAGCUACAGCCCCACAGGAGCUCCGGCUUUCCUCAAAGCAGGCCCUGGAAGCAUCUUGGUCUCAGCUCUCUUUUCCUGCUCACCCACCCUGUUUGGUUUCAUCUGUGUGGAUAUGAUAGCCUUGGGAUGGAAAGGAUUCGCCUCUAAUGAUGCAAAAAAAAAAAAAAAAGUUUCCUUCUUAUAGCACAUGCACUUCUAAUGAAAUGAUUUGUACUAUCCUCACACGUGUUUACUACUGCCGGGGCCUUCCUUCAUCCUUUGAGGGCUAUUUUGUACUUCCUGCAGCACUCGGCUUAAUCACAAAAGUGAUCUCACAUGUGUCUCUCAUAUACCUAUUAGAUGGUGGUGUGUAGAUACAUAGGAACACAAAAUUAGCAACCGAAUCUAGUCAUUUAUCAAAUACGUACAUCUCAAAAACUUCUUAUUUUUCACUGAAGCAAACUACCCUCUUAACUCAACCUGCAUUUCCCCCAGAGAAAACCCAAGUCUAGCUGACAGAAGGUUCCGGGCGGGCACUUCUACUUGACCAUUUGAUUUUUGCAGGCAACCAAGACAGUACAGUACACUUAGGGGGAAAUUUUUUCAUGUUUUAUUUGUUUGGUUUAGUUUUUGCAUGUUUCAUUGUUAGAAAAAAAUAGCCCUCCUCAGAGACAAAUUGUCCUUUUAUCUUUUAGUAUCAAAAGGAAAAAGCUGCAAGGGUGCAAAAGGCCUGUGCCAGAAGACAAAACACAGGGAAACUGCUUUUUUAAAAAAAUCAAAUGUAGAAGUAGUCCUUUUUAAACUAAACUAGAGAAUUGUGGUAAAAUGGCAGUCCUCAAAGGCGUAACAAGUUCCUCUUUCUUUCACCAUAGGGGUUAUAGUUCUUUGGCUUGUGCUACUCUGGAAUCAUUUUACUGUUUCUGUUUUUAUUAUCUUAAGUGCUAAUUAAAAAAGAUAAAUAAAAUCUUAAAAAAAAUGUAGUUUCAUUAACUUUUUGAAUAAUGUCAUACAAAAACUGUAUUUGUGUUUUUGUGCUGUGAAAAUUGUUGUUUGUAGAUUAAUAAUAUCAUUUUGUUUAGAAUUACAAAGUAGUUUUUAAAUAUUGUCUGAGAAAAGCCAAAGUUAAUGCAACCUAGUGGAAACUGUAAGACCAUUUGAGUAUUGUUUCUGUUUUAUUGAUGCAUUUGGAUUUUGUUGUUUGAUGGAAUUUGAGCCAAAAAAAAAAAAACGCAGGCUUUCCUAUUUCUACAACUGAUUGUACUUAUGCAUUUUGUACCAGUGGAACUUUUUAUACUGGAGAUUAAAAAAAAUGGAAAUUUCCGUGGCUUAACUCUUGUGGCCACCUGACAAUGACUGAUUUCAAGUUUGAUUUCUGGUUGAUAGAAAGAAAGUUCUUUUGAGAAUUAAAAACUUUGGCUUGAUUUCUUUUUUCCCUUUGCUUAUAUCUAGCAUUAGAAUUUUGUCUUAAAAUACAGCGGUAAGUUUCACUUUUUAUUCUGUAUUGUGCAGUUACACAAUAAGGUAAUUAGAUUUAGAAGUACUCAGUCACUUUAAGUGGAUAAAUGUAUUAGUUAAACUUUAGGGGUUUGCUUUUUUGCUGUUUAGAUCAAAGUUUUUUCUGAUUCUUCUGUCCUCAUUGUGAACAUAACCGUGUAGUUGAAACAGUCAAACUUAUUUUUGUAAUGUAUGUUAUUGUGUGAUGCGGUUUUUUGCUUCUGUCUCCAAUAUUAAACCAUUUUCCUAAUACUUGUUUCUCUCUCUGCGUGUUGUAUUGUUGGUAGUCAUUCUGUGUUGGUGAUGCAUCUAUACACCUCACUGUUUCACGUAUGUUUUUUUUCUAUAUGUUGUGUAAAAAGAUACAGUCGAUUCCACCUAAGUGAAUAUCUGAUUUGGGGAAAGAGGAAACUGCACACCAGCCACCUUCUCUACCCACUGCCUCUAAGACCCAUCCUUUUCUCCUAUGGUUCACCUAAGUGACAGGCAGCCUCCUGAGGGGUGUUUGCUGAGACAUUUCACUGUCAUUUGACCACACCAGUUCAUUUAUUCUCUUCUAACCCCUCCCAUCCCUUCUUCCUCAUGAAUGUGGAACACACACAUACUACAUCUCCUAAGGCUCACGAAAAUCUGCCACUGCAACCUUAAGAGGAAAAGCCACAGACUUGGGGGGCGGGGGUGUCCUUCUGUCUGCUCCCAAGUCCAAAGCGCUUAGAUAAUGAUCUCCUUUUCAGGGGGGGCAAGCUCUCAAGGAAGGGAAAAGUAAGUCUCUGUGUUCUGCCCAUCAAUAGAUACAUAGAGAAAAGUAAUUUACAUUUAUUUCUACAAGCUAAUUGAAUCCAGCAGCAGAAUAUCCAAGUCCUCAAAAGGAAGUUCCCCUCGAUCUGGAGGGGGUGGGGGACGUCCCUCUUGCUCCAGUCCCUGAUUCCCAAAGUCACGCCAUGCUACAGAUUUGCAGUGCCUCCUGCGUGAACACGCGUGAGCCGGGUUGCCACUGCCAACGCGUUAUCACAGAGGACCUACCUGUUCCUUGCGUGCCCUCGGUAUCUCAAGCCACAGGCCCGCCUCCUUUUCUGCCCAUUUCCUCUGCUCAGGAAUCGGACUGCUCUUAAAGUGCUCUUAAAAGAUUCCACCAGUGUUUGCUCCCUACAUCAUCUAGCUCCUCCCAGCUUCCCCACGCACACGCCCUGCUCUUCCUGCUCGCUGCAGGCCACGGAGCACCUGGUGCCAAUGAGUUCUCUCCCUGCAGGUGCUUAAACGCUCCUCCCUCUGGUUUCAGCCCCUUUCUGGCCCCAACAUUGUACUUUAUUUAGUCAGAUCAGCAAGAGCGGGAGAGGCCUGGUGAGGUGGAGGAAAGGUAGCUCUCCCCACCCCCACCCCACCUCACCCCCCUGCCUCCAAGGUCCAACACCUCAGUGAUAGUGAUUUCACCAACCCCAAAUCCAUACAGAUCAGCGCUGACUGCUGCAGACUCUUGUGCUCAUCUCACCUAGCCUUCAUUAGCGUGCCUCUGAAAACCCACUGCUUGUAUUAGUGGGGAAGAUAAGGGUGGGGUUUGCUUCUCUCUUCGGGGAGGGAGUGGGUGGCGUGAGGGAGGGAAGAUUGGGGAAAGAGGAUGAUCAGAUUCUUUCCAAGAUGCAAGUGUUGCUUUUGAAGACAUAUAAGUAAAUAAAACCAACAUUUGGCACAAGGCAAAAUACUGGAAGGGAAAGACAAAGCCAGUUUUUGUUGUUUUUUUCAAAAACAACAAAGUAAUUCUCCAAAGAAGAGGACAAAAAUGCUAGUUCUUUUUAGCAUUUAUGACUAUAAAGUUGGUCCCUGCUUACACUCAUAACCUUGAUUCCAUAAAACACCAUGGCAGGAAAAGCAAGGUGUAUUUGCCAUGCCCAGACCACGUUGGGAAGCCACAGAAACGUCAGUUCCUUGCUGGUGGAAGCCACACGCCUGCCUGGCCCACAGCCACUGUGUGCAAUUCCUGGGCUUGGACUCAACUAGCAGGCUAGGAAAUACAGUAAACAUGAAUGUGCUGCCAAUCAUUCCUGAUAAGUGAAUAAAAACAUUGUGACCAAACAAUCAGCUUAUUCACUUAUCAGGAAUCGACUGUUCUGCUAAUUUGCUGUUUUUGUUUUUCCAUUCUGUUGUAGUUCGCUAUUUUUGCUGUGUUCUGUUUCCUCCUCUCAUGCUUGGGCAGAAUCACUGGGAAUAUUAUCUUCAUGUGACCAUGAAACGUAUUUAUAUCGAGUGAAAAUGAUUAUCAUAACAAAAUCUAUGCACUUGCUAUCAGGAACACAAUACUGGAUGUGUCUUAUAUAUAUUGAACUAUAUAGUACUCGAUUUCUUAAAUAAAGCUUAAGAAAGGAC